CAAUCCAAGCGGAGAAGACGGGACAUGUCGGAAAGUGGAUGGGAAAAAAAAAUGAGAGACGGCUUUAGCUUUAGCUUUGGACGAUUCACCUGGAUGGCUCAUGAAUCAGGAAACGCGAUCAGACCCUAGAUCAGACGGUUAUACCUCGAUAAAAAACGGACACAGCUGGAAUAACGCGAUGGAUUCGACUCCGUAUUGCGGGUAUCCGCCCAACUACUGGUACCCUCCUCCGGCCGGGCCGUACAGCACCGCCUACCCGUCCGGACCCGAGAUCAACGGACAAGCGCCGUACAAUCCACAGGCAAUGCCGGCGUAUCCGAACGGAGUGUACAACCCGGGUCAGUACCCGCUGAACGUGCUUCACCCGUCCAAUCCGUUCUACUGCAGCGAGCAGAUCCCUCCCAGACAGCCGCAGUACCACAGUCAGGACCGAACCCCGGCCAGCUCUCCUCAGCCUCCGUACCCCGUUCCUCACUGCCAAGGGGCUCCUGGAUUUCCCCCGAGCUCGUACCCGCCUUACGCAGACGGCUGCCCCCCUAAUGCCCCCUACCCCCCCCAGCAGCCUGUACCCUCCCGCCCUCAGCCGGAGCCCUGGCCUCAUUCAGCGGGAUACGGACCCCAAGCGCACUACCCCAACCACACACGCCCUCCGCACCCUCCGCCCUGGCACGGGCCCGCUCCGCCUCCGUACGAUCACAUUAAGCACAAGGAACCACCGUAUCCAGGUCACCUGAACAACCGGAACCAACCCAAACCUCGACCCAGCACGCCGAACUCCAACUCCGCCCCCAACCCGGCUCCAAACAAACCCGUGGAGUUCAGCGCCCCGCCUCAGAUCUACAGCAAAACGUCAUCCGGAGGCGGAAACCAGCCCAAACCGGCGCCGCAGCAUCAGCAGCAUCAGCAGCAUCAGCAGAGAGACCCUCCUCCUCCUCCUCCUCCGUCUGCGCCGCAGCCUCCGAGCAGCGAGAACCCGGGCCUGGCUCGGGUGCAGGAGGUUCUGGCCAGGGUCCAUCUGCUGCAGGAAGACGUGGACGAGUUCGUGGGCAAAAAGACGGACAAGAGCUACCGCUGUCUGGAGGAGCUGCUCACCAAAGAGCUGCUGGUCCUGGACUCGGUGGAGACCAACGGCCAGGACGCCGUGCGCUCGGCUCGCAAAGAGGCCGUGCAGAAGAUCCAGGCCAUUCUGGACCGUCUGGAGAACAAGGCCUUCUAAGAGGAAGAUCAGCGGCACUGAUUUCACUCGUAUCUGUAUCUCUGUACGUGUGUGUGUGUGUGUGUGUGUGUGUGUGUGUUUUGACGAUCGAGCGCACGUGAAAUGGAAACGCUGCUUCUCUGCAGACGUUCGUUUGUGUUAAUUAUUCUGUUUCACACGUGAAGUUACGCUCGCGUCCGUAACAUUCAGAAGAUCCAGACCACCUCCAGAACAUCAUGAGUAUAUUUCGCAGAUCUUUUUUGCUCCUUCGCAGAUGCUGAAACAUAUCGUUCCAUCAGCACGCACACUGCCAUCCAAUCGCUCGCUUCUGAUUCCGCGUCUGCUGUUAAUCCUCGCUCACUUCCUGUUCCUCGUUAAUAACGCCUCUCUCCUGCACGCUGGGCUUCAGCGCUAACCGUCUGCACGAUCUUACAGACUGAGUUCUGAAGGAUUAAACCCGAACCCGUUUCGUUCAGCAGCCGCGCUGUUCGCUCGCCGUACGCCGUACGUUCGCUUGUUAGUCUUUCGACUCGUUUCGUUACCGUUUUUAACGCAGCCUCGUCGACUUCCUGUCACCGCUUCCCCAUUGGCUGAACGUCUGCCGCCAUCUUGACUGAGUUUCGUGGUCAACAGCAGUGAAUUCAGCAGCGGACGAAGCUGUUUAUGUGUAAAGCAAUAAAUAAUUUAGUGUUUUAAUACUUUAACUACGCCACCUGAUGUUAUUUGUUCGGAUUGCGUUCUUUUUGACGAAACGCCUCCAUUUUGUCACCGAAGCUAAAAUAACUCCAUCUCAAAUCAUGAACCAUCAGCUAUCAUUCUUACACGAAACACUGUGCACUUGAAUCGAACGCUAAAAUAAAUUCGCCCUAAAGUUAUGAUCUCGUGAAGUUCUCGCUCAGUGCGUCGGCCAUUUUGAAUAUUUCAAACCGUUUGUUGGCUCCGCCCCUUUCUGCACAAAGUAUCCGAUGCUCCGUGGUUCAUUUCGCAGUGACUAUAAUAUCAUAUCACGAACGUACGUAUUAAUAAGUUUCCCGACGCUAACCCUAAGCCUCUGCUUACGAUAAAAAUACGAGAUUAACAUUGGCUCGACGCUAAACGUUUCUUAGCGAGUCUGAUGUAAGAAUUUUGGGGAAGUCGUCAAGGCAACGUUAAACACGGUAUUGAAACGUAGGAUCGGCGUAUAAGCAAUACUCGCUCGCCUUUUCACAAAAGGUUUACACAACUUUCACGUUUUCGUUUUUGUUUGUUUGUUUGUUUGUUUUUUUCCUCUCUUGAUGUGUGAAUCUGAAGUCUAAUCUAAAGCCAGUAUCCUGUCUAAUCUAAAGGUCUCGCAUGUUUACAAAUGAGUCCUUUUUUUAAAAAAAAAAAGAAAAAAAAAAGUAUAAAUUUGUAUUUAAAUUAUCUAAAAGAAAAAGGGGGCAUCGACAAGGAAGAACAAUCAUCCUUCCUUUAAAAAAAGAAAGAAAAAAAAAGGAAAUUAAUGCCGCUACGUUUAAUACUUUGCACCAAAGUCACUUUCAGGCGUGUGCCGAUGUUGUUAUAUUGUCAUAUCACGAUAACUAAAGGUUUAUUACAAUCUUGUCACCAUGUCAUAUUUAAAAUAUUAGUCUUUGUGUGUAUAGUUUAAAAAAGUAAAUGAAGCUUGACAGGCGACCGGUGAGCGCCGACGGGCCCGUGGACGUCCGUAUCGGGCCGCUGUCACGAAGAGACGUUGUCAUUGGUCUGUUUUGGACCAAUCGCGGUUCUUUACGUCCUGCUUUCGGUCUCUAUCAAGUUCGACGUCCUGUGAUACGACCACAGCAGCAGAAAUCUGACACGGACGCCUUCUCCACGUCUUUCCACGCGCUCAACGGAAAUCUUUAUAAACUUAUUUCUCAGUCGGACUGAUAGUCGUGUCCGCCAUGUUUUGUUUUUUUUUUUCCCUCCAAUUUUCAUGUUUCUCUUGUCUGGUGAACAGAAUUAUAGGAUUGUCUUCUCUGAGAAGGAGAAGGACUCACAUCAAACUUCUUAAUAAAAAAAAAAAAAAAAUGUAGGAAACUUAGAAGACGGCUUUCCUCGUGCCGCCUUCUGACUGGGACGCACUUCAUCUCGGGCACGUUAACGCUGCCUGGAACACAGAAACAACAUGGUGUGUGUGUUGAAUAUCUCAGUAUUUUGUACCGACUCCGGGCAUCGUACUUUGACCACGGACCCUUCAGCAGGUCUUCCUCCAGUUAUAAAGGACGAAAACUGUGCCAUAUCAUCGGCAGGUGCUUUUCAUAUCCGAUUAAGAAAAAAAAAAAAAAAACAAUAACAAGUUAAAGGUGUUGAAUCUAUCGAGCUCUGCAUGUCACCCAGUCUGAUUUUUUUUUUUUUUUUUUUUUUUGGUGUACGAGUCCUCUUUCCUUCUGUAACUCUGUAAAACCUCAUUCUAUAAACCCUGAAACUGUACAUUACACAAUCUUUACACUAAAAGAGUAUAUUUGUACGUAACUUGUACAUAGAGAACACACACACUGAAAACAGGACCAAAAACGUGCUUGCUGAGAUCUGGACCGUAAGUGCAUGGAUUUGAACACGAGACGAGGCCACCGGCUCUGACGAGAACAAACAGCUUACAUUAAACAAUAAGAGUCCUAAAUAA